AUGAGUGGGUUACGCAAUACUAUCAAAGGUGGCUGGCACCCUGAAGGCAAGGAAGGCGGGAAGGAGAGCUGGCGUGGUGAUUUCAAAGGCAUUAACCAAGUGGCAGGCUGGAUGGGAAAGGGCAAUGAGUCCAACUCCGACCGCUCAGAUCAUGUCUCGCAACCAUUGUCAGCCUUGAAAGACCCGUCUACCUUUGGGCCUCCUCCCAAAAAUAUCAAGUACUAUGGAGCAGCCGCUACGCCAAAUCAGACCAACGUCCAGGACCCCCAUCGACAGGAAGUAGCCGAAGCAGAGGAGGAACAGUUCCAAAAGCCCGCCCCGCCUCCGGUCCCGUAUCGCGUCAACACAAGCGGGCUUUCUACAGACAAUCUCCCUCCUCCACCAGUGCGACGACUGGACUCUGCGAGUUCCGCCUCAACAAGCUCAAUCUCAAAGUCAAAGCCACCAAAGCCCCCGCCACGACUUCCUGCCCGCAAUGGAUCCCCCAUGUCCGACGCGCCCCCCGCUUAUUCCCCUGCCCCGGUACUCUCCCACGAUUAUAUCAACCAAGAUGCUACGUCCCGCCUAGCAAACGCGGGUGUCUCCGUUCCUGGCUUUGGGAUUGGCCAGGAGAAAUCGUCGUCACCUGCACAUACGCCUGUCAAUGAGCUGCAGUCGCGCUUCUCCCAGAUGAACACCUCGGGAUCUCCAUCAGUACCCAACCCGCCUACUCAGGCCUCGGCAAACAUUGGGCCGCACUCCGCGAGCAGCACAUCUUCUGUCCAGAAUUUGCGCGAGCGCCAUGCAGGUACCAUCGACUCGGGGAAACAGAAGUACGGUGAUUUCCGUGAGCGUCAUGCAGAUACCAUCGAUUCGGGAAAACAGAAAUAUGGCGACUUCCGCGAGCGCCACGCAGAUACCAUUGACUCGGGGAAACAGAAAUACGGUGAUUUCCGUGAACGUCACGCCGACUCAAUCGAUUCAGGGAAACAGAAGUUGAGCGGUUACGCAUCGCGGUUCACUGGCUCUUCUCCAGCAGCGCCUAGCCCACCGGCCCGGCCCGCGUCGAAUACUUCUACUAGUAUGAACUUGGAACCGGCGGAGCCUGCGCGGGGCACAUCGUCUGUGCAAGAUUUCCGUGAACGCCAUGCCGACAAGAUCGAUAUGGGCAAAGAGAAGUGGGGUGGAGUUACAUCACGCUUCAACACAUUUGUGGAGGACCGCAAGUUCUCCGCCGAAGCCAACAAGCGGGUUCCACGCCCACCUUCUCGUCCCGUCUCUAUGGCCCAGUCGAACUCUGCAGCGGGGUCACCCACAGAGCCCGAUAUCCAGGCUCAAGCCCAACGCAAGAAGGCCCCACCCCCACCUCCACCCAAGCGGGCUGAAUUUCGGGCGUCCCCUGUUGACGCUUCGUCACCAUCACCUCUGGGGCCUCCUCCAGUUCCCCAUAACACCAAGCCCCGCUAA